AUGGAUGAAGAAGGGAAACUACCACUUAAGCGUGUAGAGUUAUCACUUUCAAAAUUUAACGAAGUUGCAAUCCCACAUCAUUUAGAUUUAUUGCGUCAACACAAAGCCAAUAUUUUGAAGUAUGAGGAACUAGGUGAUUAUGCUCGAGUGCGUUCAGAACAAGCACACGCACGUCGAGUAUCAUCACAGUUACGUAGUCUUCUUGGAGAAAUGGAAUGUCUGAGAAGACAAGUUCUCAUAUCUGAUAGAGCCAAGUUUGACCAGCUGACACAGCAUUCCCGAGAACUCACUCUUAAAUCUAUUAUGGACUAUUUAGAAACAAGUCCCUUGUCAAUAAAUCGAAAGGAACAUUUAGAUGAAACUGAGCCAAAAGACAUGGUGUCUGGUAGUGUACUGUCUACAGAAUCGGUUGGAGUGAUUCCAGAUCCAUCAGAGCAGAUCCAGCUACAAGUUGACACUCAUGAAGUAUCUUUAAAGGAGAGAGAGGAACUAUUAGCUGGUUGGAGCUCGUUGCAAAGUGAAGUAAGAGCAUUACAUGACACUUGGCAGCAUGUGCAGGCGCAAGCACUUAGACAUAGAGAACAAAUUAGUGUGAGCGCAGAUAAUGUGGAAGUCGCAGCCGACAACGUACAAAAUGCGCGGACACAUCUUGCACUAGCUGACAAGAUUCGUGCCGGUAUGUACGGUAUUGGAGGCGCAGCAGCUGGUGCGGCUUUAGGAGGUCCCGUCGGGCUGAUACUUGGCGCUAAAGCUGGAGCAGCCGCACUUCUGGCUGGUUCCGCCUUAGGGUACAUCGGUGCAACGUUCCUAGGACGGAAGAGACAAGCACAAAUAGAUACUGACAUACAGUCUAACACACAAGAUGAUAAAAAGGAUCUCUAA